AUACGGAUAAAAUUAAAUUAACAUUAUUCAUUCACUAAGUAAAUUAACUAUUAUUAUUUCCUAUUAUUAUCAUUAUUUGUACGGGUCGUACAUCUGAUAUGAUUCUUGAUGGUCGAUUGUAGUCUUGAUGGAAACACUGAUUUUGGUAUAUGUAUUUAUUGAUAACCAAGGUAUAUGAGUACUAGCUAGGAGCACGUAUAAACGUAAACUAAUUCAUAAAUCGAUGUAUGGCGUAAUCGCAAAUACAGCAAUUAUUAUAGUCAUUAUAUUUAAUUUUAACGCUGAAGCGAGAAAUAUGCGAUGCUUGCAUUGUACAUUAUCAAUUCAUUAACUAAGUAAAUUAUUCCCUUAGUCAAAUUAUAGCAGAUUUACGGAAAAAUUACAAUAUGGCGAUUUAAACCUAAGAAACUCGUAAUGAUCGUCAAAAGCACACGGCAUUUCAAAAUAUGAAUAAAAUAACAAUUAUAAUAUAUUGAAAUCAAUCCAUAAUAAUAAAUGUAAUUUCCAUAUAUCAAUUUCAGAAUAUAUUUAUAUAUAAAGUUAGACUAUCCACGUUGAACGGCGAUGCAUCAAGCAGGUCCCAGAGCGAGGAACCAAACCUCUCUCCCGCAUCCGUCUCUCCACUUCCCGGAAAAAGGCCUUGGCCUCACACCAAUUGUUGUUCAAAUGCAUUAAUCAAGAAUACCUACAAUGGAUUAUCUAAUAAAAGGGAUCUUAUUUAGCAUUCAAAUGCUUCGUCAGAUGGUUCGGUUCGCAAUUUUGCAGGUAUUCCUCAUCAUAAUAGGCUGGCCUUAUUUCAUCCUCGGAUUUUUGACUGAAAGUCUCCCGGUAGAUCGGAGUUGUUUACCGAGGUAAACAACUCCGAUGUGUCGAGACACGUUUGAACUUAAGUAAAUUAUUUCCCUCAAACAUCAGUAUUUGAAAUAUGUAUAGAGAGAAGUGUGUCAUGACGCCAUUUUAAGGUCACAUAAUGAUUUGUGUUGUCUGGACUAGUCGGUAGUGGCCCUGUCUAUGAUUUAUUUAUUUACUUUAACCUUUGGGAAACAAACAGGUAAAUACAACACGUGCUUAAACCAGAAUAUUACAUUCACAAGCUACACAGUUUCCACUAAUGAAUAAAUAUAUAUUUUUCUACUCGUCAACUGUGGAUUAAGAUUUCGUACACCAAAACUAUAAUUGCAUACUUUUCAUGCAUGGGCAAUAUCAGAGUAACACAUAAAGUAGGAACAAUUAAAAAUUAUAAUUAUGUAAUUAUUAUUAGUAUGUUUCAAUCUUCAUAACCUUGUCUAUAAUGUCUAUACAUAUCUUAUAUAGAAUUAGGUUAUCAAAACUAGUUCAUUAUUUAAACAUCGAUAAAUGCUUAAGGUGUGGUGAGGUUAUUCCAUUAAAUUGUAAAUAAAAAAAUACAAUUUAUAGAAUUAAAACACCACCAUCACCCAUCACCAAUCAUGAAAAUAAACCUGACUUGCGACCUGAUUGGCUGAUACUUGUACCGUGGGAAAAGUGUCUUCUCUGGGUUGCCACCUCUGCCACCUCGCACAUUGGCCGGACUGUCCGGACGACAAGAGCGACGCCUGAAAUAGAUGACUCCAAAAGCGCGAUGAGUACUCGGCGCUGCUGUCGGGCUAUAUGUUUGUCCCGUUCGCGCUGGAGACGUACGGGUGUUGGUGUGCUGAGGCCAACAUUCUCUUGGGCAAAUUGGGGCGGCAGUUGAGGGAGAGAGGUCAUGACCGUCGUUCCGGGUCAAUCUUGAUGCAGAGGCUAUCUAUCGCGAUUCAGCGUGGCAACGCGGCGAGCGUGAUGAUCACCUUUGCGUCCGGAAGGGCUCGGGAACUCAUUUCAUAAGCACAUCAAUCAUUUCUAAUUUCAUUAUUAUGAUUUCAGUAUUUUCGGAAUCAUAUUGAUUGAUUUUAGUCUGUAAGACUGCCCCACUGCUGGGCAAAGGCCUCCCCUCUUUCUCGCCAUUUGGUCUUAUCCAAUGCACACUCCCACCACUCUUUACAAAAUGCAUCAAGGUCUUCGAUCGUCGGUCUUCCACUGCCCCGAGAUCCGCCCUGUGGGACCCAGUCUGUAGCUAGUUUGGUACAGCGCUCGAGGUGCAUUCGGCAGACGUGCUCUGCCCAGACCCACUUUAGCUUGGCGGCAUUCAUGCCCACAUCCGCAAUGCCAGUUUUGGAACGCAGUUCGGUGUUUCUAACACGGUCGGCUCUGCGAACACCCAUUUCGGCAUCAUAUAUAAGAUAAAAUUAAAACUUUCCAAUAACAAACAUUACACUCACGUCUCACGAGAAACUUUCGUAAUAACCCGAACAUACCUCAGAUAAACAUACCUAGCUACAAUUUGCUGAAUAGUUCAACAAUGACUACUAGAUAUGAUACUUGAAACUCUAACGGUUCAUAAAUGUAAAUAAUUGAUCAAACUAUUUAAGAUAAUUUGUAAAAUGCAAUGUAUUUUUAACCUUCCGACUUAACAGUAAGAUCGUUUUUUGAAAGGAUUUAAAACAUCACAAGGUGUUGCUCUCGAUAACUAAUUAAAUAUAACUUAAAUGUUAUCACAAAUAAAUUAUAGUAAAUUGACAUAACAGAAGAAUUCGUGCAUUCGAGUAGUAGUGCGGCAGUUAUUAAAAUAAUAUAAAUAUUUUUAAAAAAUGUCAGAAAAGAGGAACCGGUUUAGUCCAUUUUUGAGACAAUGUCUGGUAACGGCCGCAGUGAGCAGCAGCGUGAUCGGUUGCGGUUGCGCGUUCGGCUUCCCAGGGAUCCUGUUACCUCAGUUGGGGCACCCUGACUCAACGCUUCAAGUCUCUGCAGACCAGGCUUCCUGGCUAGCCUCAGUUUCUUCAAUCCCGAUGAUCUGCGGUAACUUCAUGGUGCCAGCAUUGAUGACGCGUGGAGGAAGGAAGGUGGCGCUCUACGUGGUGACCCUCACCAUGAUGCUGGGCUGGUGCACCAUCAUACUCGCCCACGGCUAUGAGUUGCUGCUGUUAGGCAGAAUACUCCAAGGCCUGUCGUUUGGAAUGUUUAUGCCACUCCGCUCUAUCUUCAUCGGCGAGUGCACCAGCCCGCGCUACCGAGGCGGAUUCCUCUCCACAUCCACACUAGCCCAGACCUUCGGCCUCCUAUUCGUCCAUCUCAUCGGAUCACUCAUCAGCUACCAGAUGACAGCCCUCUGUUCCAUAUCCUUCGCUGUCAUCAGUCUCAUCUUAGCCAUAAUCUCACCAGAAUCACCAAGCUGGCUAGCGACAAGAGGACAAUAUGACAGAUGCAGAAAGAACUUCAUAUGGUAUAGAGGAGAAGAAGAAAUACCAGAGCUGGAGAAGAUGAUACAGAGCGUUAAGCUUUUAAAAACAAAACAGAGUACUGAGCAGAAUAAAUUUAAAGAGAUUAUGGCUGUUGCAACAAAAAGGGAAUUCUACAAACCUAUAUUCCUCAUGUUUGCCUUAUAUAUUCUGAUGACGUGUUCAGGAGGGCUUAUAAUGGGAGCGUACUCAGUUACGAUUCUGCAGCUUCUGCUUGGGCCUAGCAUUAAUGCCCAUUUAUGGAUGGUGGCAUUAGAUUUUCAGAGAUUAAUCUUCAGUAUAAUUGCAGUUUAUGUAAUAAAUAAAGUUAGAAGACGAAUAAUGUUGUUCAGUGUUGGGGUGCUCUGUGCAAGUAGUCAGCUAGCUAUGGGUGCUUACGUUUUCGCCAGAACUAAGGGUUAUUUAUCGUUUGAUUCUUUAUGGAUUCCUGGUAUACUUAUAAACCUGCAGAUGUUUAGUGUGUCAAUGGGCAUGCAGCCACUGCCAUUUGUUAUAGCUGGGGAAGUAUUUCCUUUGCAGUACAGAGGUUUAGGUGGAAGUAUCGGUUUAAUAGCGCAGUGUGGGUCUGUCUUUAUUGUUCUUAAGGCGUUUCCUAGUUUAAUAGCCCUUGCCGGUCUGCAUGGAACAUUUACUGCGUAUGCUGGGGUGAUAGUUGCUUGUCUGGCGGUGGCGUGGGUGCUAUUACCGGAGACAAGCGGCCGGACCUUGCAGCAGAUAGAAGAACACUUCAGGGGGGCUCCGCUCCCGGACCUAGAGGCCGAUGUUAGGGAGUCAGCGCCUCUGAAUGGCGUAGAUAAAAGAGGCAGUAAAACUAGUCAAACAUUAAUGCCAAGUUGCAAUGGCACAGAGAGAGUAAAUUUAGAAGAAACUGAAGCUAUUGGUACUGUUAAAUAACUUCUUAUACGCAAUUUAGGAACGACUAGAUAGAUGUGUAAUUAAAAUAUUUUCAUAAAUGUGAACAAUCGUACAAUGUCCCUCCGUAAUACCAUGCGGAAUGAAGCUGUGGGCCAAAGAAGAUGAAAUAAACAAGUUACUGUAAAAAUAUUUUGUAACAAUUUUUUUGCCGACUGUACUUCUCAUUUGUAUGUAUAUCAAGUACUUCUCGACACCUAAUGAGCCUAAACUCGAUGUCUUUGUGUUUCUUCAUCGAGGAGUUCCUUUGGUUACCUUCGAUCGGUUACCAGAUCGACUCUAUUUUAGGUUAUUAUUGUAUUGUCAUCGAAAUUACGGAAGUAUCUAACUCUAGAUUUCAACUGCGUCAGACACCGGGAAUUGGUUCUAAUUGAAGUUACAAUAUUGAAGCACACAAAUAUAUACGCAGUUGAAGCUAAAUAAAAGUGUGUUCGCCAGAAAGAGUUAAAUUAAAUCAAGACAAGUUCAAAUAGUUGGCACCUAGCUGUUCAGAUUUCUUGUGAAAUAUAAGUAAAAACAAUCGAAUAUUGUAUACAUUCCCGUGGUGGUACACGAGAUCCUUAGAUAAAUAUAUGACUGCUUGUUGUAGGUAAUGAUCUUAUUUUCCCACAAAUACCCUACCCUACCCUACCCUACCAGAUACCCUAUUUGUCCUGAUAAGGCAUCCUUACAUUAAGAUUACCUAAUUAGGAAUUUUAAAUAUAAAUUUGUUUAAGUUAAAUUAACUAUAAGCGA